GCUCAAGAUGCCAGCGGUUACACCCAUUAGUACAAAAAUCGGCCUUUCUUCCCGAAGUCAAAAUGUUCCGCAACCAGUACGACAAUGAUGUUACAGUAUGGAGCCCACAGGGGAGAAUUCAUCAGAUUGAAUAUGCCAUGGAGGCUGUGAAGCAGGGCUCUGCAACUGUUGCUUUGAAAUCAAAGACUCAUGCUGUCAUUGUGGCAUUAAAGCGUGCACCAUCAGAGUUGUCAGCUCAUCAGAAGAAGAUCCUGCCCAUAGACACUCAUGUUGGAGUAUCCAUAGCUGGGCUUACUGCAGAUGCAAGACUUCUCAGCAAGUUCAUGAGGAAUGAAUGUUUAAAUUCUAAAUAUGCAUAUGAUACAAUGCUACCUAUAACAAGACUGGUGUCAAGUGUUGGAGAUAAAAUGCAAAUCCCCACGCAGCGGUAUGGCCGUCGUCCUUAUGGUGUUGGGCUGCUUGUCGUUGGCUAUGACGACAUGGGACCGCACAUCUUUCAAACCUGUCCAUCUGCCAAUUAUUUUGACUGUAAAGCAAUGGCUAUUGGUGCCCGCUCACAGUCAGCAAGGACCUACCUGGAAAAAUACCUGGAUGCAUUUGGUGACUGUGAACCAGAAGAGCUCAUCAAGCAUGGCCUGAAGGCGCUGAGAGAGACUCUCCCAAAUGAACAGGAACUCACAACAAAGAAUUGUUCCAUUGGGCUUGUCGGCAAAGAUCAGGACUUUGUCAUUUACAAUGAUGAUGACGUGGCACCAUAUCUUGCUGGCUUUGACCAGUCUAGGAAGCCAAGAGGAGAGGCUGCCCCAUCAGGGGAUGUCACCAUGGCAGAGGGACAGGAGGCGAGUGAUGAUGCCAAGCCAGAGGCAAUGGAGCAUGACGAGAGAUGAGCUGCUGUGAAAUCUGUACUUCCCCCCUUCUAUAUGUGAUCAUAACUUUUAGAGUGCAUUAGACCACCACUUCUAAAAUACAUUAGACCACUUUUAGAGACUCUUGCACUACACCAUCCUUAUUACGGAACACUUUUAACAUUUGCGAUUCUUCAGACUGUGGCUCUUAUCAUGAUCUUGCAAAAUAAAAGUAACAAUUGUGA